GAGGCUUCAGCACACACUCCAGAAAAGGGGCAGAUGAGUUUCUUCUUGCCUUGGAUUUCCCCUCUCCUAAACCUAUCUUCAAUUCUGUUCCCUACUCCUGAGUCUCGGGAGUGAGUGUCUUAAUGAGACAAGAAAGGUGGCAGAGUUGUCCACCUUUCAUAUUUCCAAAAGCCGGUGAUAAGUGUUGCCCAGAGUGCCUAACUGAACCCUCUAUAGAGGGACAGGCACUAGGUUCCCGCAGACAUUGUCUGCCUGGCUUUCCAGCCAGAUAAGCAUGAGUUCUUCCCAGUCAACCCAGUCUUGUCAUUUGUUUGGAUUAUGGGAGAACAACUUCUCCACUGAAAACUGAGGACUGCUGCUGCCUAAAAUGUUUCACUUUUCCUUUUAUCAUAUACAAACUAUUGGGGCAUGGUAAUAGUCAUUCAUGAUUUAGGACAAAGUCUGUAUACACUACCAGCCCUGGCUUAAACCCUGAGGGAUCAGAAGUUUCAACUCUAAAGCUGAGAAUAUAUAUAUGUAUCUUUCCUUUGUUUACACCGAUGAUGUAUUUGCUGGAUGCUAGUUUGAAGAUCGUAGGGCUGGCUCUUAGGAGGUUGAAAUUUUUACUGAAUGUAAUGGGGCUGGGAAGUGGGCAGGUACAAAUGCAGGCAUAAUAACAUAAAAUAGGGCUCAGUGCUGAAGUGGAAAUACAUUUCUGAUGUCUGACAACCAUGGAAGUGCUCUAGACCUUAAAUUGGAGCAAGAAAGAAUCCGUAGUGGGGGUUGGUUUGGGGGGGAGUACAUGGGAAGGGUGAUGUAUGUGGAAUACAAAGUCUGAAACUGUUUUAUAAGUUAUUGUAGCUACGUAAACUAUUAAGUUACCUAAAUAGGCAAAGAGACUUUCAAAGACCAGCAUAUGAGAACAAAAGAAUCACUUCAGAAAGUGCUGUUCCCAAGUUUUAGUCUGAAGACCGAGAAUCCUAAAUAUACAAACUUUUGGCCCAAAUUCCAAAUAUACGAACUUUUGGCCCACAACUUCAGAGUGUGUGACUACUUUGGUGAAAAGUCCAUUUUAUUGCCAGCCCUUUCUUGAUAGCAAAAACCAAGGUCCCCAAAUAUGAGGCAGGUCCUCCUCACUGGGACAGAGAGGGGGUGGUCUAGGAGUCUGGUGAGUCCCAAACAACAGGUGCCCCUUCCGGCACUUAGUCUUUGGGAACACCUGUCCGGUGUUCCGAAGGCGCCGGGCUGCUGGGAUCCUCGUCUUUCAGCCGGCAAGACAUUUGAUCCAUCUGGAGAACAAGUUCCCGGUUGCUCUAGGCGCUCCGUUUACAGUGACGCUGCUGACGGCCCUCGGCUGGGCAGGCGCGGCUCGGCUCGGUUCUGCUCGCGUGUAAGCCUGGCAAGGGGAUGCUGAAAAAACUCUUCCUUCAGGGGGAACAAAUGGGGAGUAGUUGCAAGGCGGUCUUGGACAAUUCAACAAACUGCUGUGAAUUCCUUGGGGGAAUUCCGGGAGGACCAGGGCUCAGCGUACUCCGAAGGUCCGACACGCUAUCUCUGAAGGGCACAAAUCAGAAAGCACCAUGCCUCCUAAUAAAGAGGCCAGCAGUCUUAAUAGCUCCCCGGCGGGGCUCAUCUGCCUCCCUCCAAUCUCCGAGGAGCUACAGCUUGUGUGGACCCAAGCAGCCCAGACCAGUGAGCUGGAUGGCAAUGAACACUUGCUACAAACCUUCAGCUACUUUCCCUAUCCCAGUCUAGCAGACAUUGCCCUUCUCUGCUUGCGCUAUGGGCUGCAGAUGGAGAAAGUCAAGACUUGGUUCAUGGCCCAGCGCCUCCGCUGUGGCAUUAGCUGGUCAUCUGAAGAAAUAGAAGAGACUCGAGCCCGAGUGGUCUACCAUCGGGACCAGCUCCAUUUCAAAUCCCUUCUCUCUUUUACUCAUCAUGCAGGGCGGCCCCCAGAGGAGGUGCCUCCUUCUCCGAUGCCACCUCCAGAACAAGUGGGUCUUGGAAUAGUGCCCCUGACUCUUAGUGAGCCCACCCAGAUGAAAGGAUUGAAGGUGGAGCCUGAGGAGUCCUCAGAGCUGCUGAGUCACCAGAAAGCAAAGGAACCCCUGAUGGCACCUGGCAGUGGGACAUUCCCCCACCAAUCCGAUUAUUGGCAGAAUCUUCAAAGCAGUGGCUUCUCUAAGGAGCAGGCAGGCAGGGGUCCCAACCAGUCAUAUGGCCUAGGUUCUGCUUCAUGGAAUCACUCCACAGCUGUCCACCAGCCACAUGCUCGGGAUAAGCCCCCACCAAUCUCACUACUUGCUAGUAGUUGUAAGCAGGAGUCAGCAUCUAAUAUGACUCCUCCUUCUUCCUCUACCUCUUCUUCCACUUUCCCGGUACUGGCUAACGGAGCUACUGCCACCUCUAAACCCCUCCAGUCACUGGGCUGUAUCUCACAGCCACUGUCACCCAAUGAACAGGCACUGCCCCCACAUCUGGAGCCAGCCUGGCCCCAAGGGCUAAGACAUAACUCAGUAUCAGGUAGGGUUGGCCCUGCAGAGUACCUUUCCCCAGAUAUGCAACGCCAGCGAAAGACCAAGCGCAAAACCAAAGAGCAGCUGGCUAUCCUCAAAUCUUUUUUUUUACAGUGCCAAUGGGCACGGCGUGAGGAUUACCAUAAAUUAGAACAGAUCACUGGCUUACCUCGACCUGAGAUCAUUCAGUGGUUUGGUGACACACGCUAUGCCUUGAAGCAUGGGCAACUAAAAUGGUUUCGGGACAAUGCAGUACCUGGUGCCCCUAGUUUCCAGGACCCAGCAAUUCCCACACCCCCACCUUCAACCCGCUCCUUGAGUGAAUGGGCUGAGACACCACCUCUGCCGAACCCCCCACCCCCACCGGAUAUACGACCCUUGGAGAGGUACUGGGCAGCCCAUCAACAGCUACGGGAAAGUGAUAUCCCUCAACUGAGUCAGGCAUCAAGGCUUAGCACCCAGCAGGUACUGGAUUGGUUUGACUCUCGACUACCUGAGCCAGCUGAGGUGGUGGUUUGUCUAGAUGAAGAGGAGGAAGAGGAGGAGGAAGAACUGCCAGAAGAUGACGAGGAUGAAGAGGAGGAGGAGGAGGAAGACGAGGAUGAUGAUGAUGAUGUGAUCAUACAGGACUGAGUCGGGGGGACUAGGGGAGGGAAGGUCUGUUACUAAAAGAUGAACCAACUUAGUAACUGUUUAAACAAAGAAACCACAUUUUUUUAAAAUUACCUUGUGGCAAAGAACUGAAAAGCUUCGUGUUCUUGAGGUUGGGGAAUCCGGGAUGUAGUGAGGGUGGACCAGGGAGGAUGACCAUAGGACCCAAAGAGAGGUGGGGAUUGGAUGAGCAGAAAUCAGGCCUCUCGUCUCAAUGAAGAGAGUGCUAAGGAUCUGGUCCAAACCAUGGGUUGGGAAAAGGCUUUUGCUCUCUUCGUGUCUGCUGUUCUUUUCCCUUAGUGUACUAUGGAGAGCCCGGACCUUGGUCCCACAUCUGUAAGAGGACUGAAAAGGAGGAGUAAAGAAUUUUGAUUCAAUUGAUGAUUCCAGUGCAUCCCCAGUCCCACCAUUUUCCCUGGAAUGUAAGGCUGCCUCACACCCCUUUUCUUUAUGAGCACGAGUCCAUGCAUAAUAUAGCUAAGAGUCUUUGUAUGUCCCAGUCUCAUCACAAAUCUUUCCUUAACGCACACCAACUUAGACUAUGUUUUACCUUCCUCGUUACAGAGUUGCACAGGUAGCAGAAUGUUUUCAUUUCUGAUACUGGGACCAUUUUGCCUUGUACUUUUUUUUUUUUAAUCUUUUUCCAAAAUCCCCAUUCUGUUCACUAUUUGUCUCAGGGUAAAUCUUCCCCAUGGAGCUUGUGAAAAGUUUAAUAAUUGGGUGGAGAAUAAUUUAGACUGGAUAUUUAUUGGAUGUGGGAAUUAGGGGAAAUGUCCUUUAAAAAAGUAGAAUUAGGUUGGAGAGGGAUGGUUUCUACUCUUCAGAAGAUGGGUGCAGGUAGGUUCCAGGUUUGGUUUUACAAACCUGAAACUCCCUCCUGCCUAGCUUGACAGAGACUAAUUUUUCAUCUUUUUGGUGUUGGUUCAAUUUGUGUCUGUAAUUGAGACUUUUUCCUCUCUUUAUAGGAUCUGUCUUGGGGACAGAGGGACCCUGGUCUUUAACUGAAUUGAUUAUUGAUGUUUUAGAAUGGUUUUCAUCAGAUGGAGUCAGAUAUAAAGAGAUCAAUGGGUUAACCAUCUAGAAAUAAGAAUGGAAGCCCCAGAUUGCUAGAAUAAUAAUAAAAGGCCACAAAUAAAAUUGUUUCUCUCUC